CUCCUUCUCCCUCCCUCCACAUCGCAACAUCACCUCGUGAUCGUCCAUCGGCCCUAUCCUGACCUGUUGGACGUCUCUCCACAUGGUUUGUCUGAACUCGAGUGUCAAUUACACGCCCCUUUUGCAGAGAAACCUUGUUGCCUUGUCAUGGCUCGCGUCCCACGAAAGGUCCAAGGUAACAGACAACAUGCGGUAGCACCGUGGCACCUGUUCCCCCACCUUGGGGAAGGUUUCCCGUUGUGUGGGAGCUCCGCGUCGUACUGCAUUCUGGGGACGAGCUUAUAUGCUCCUCGUUUCCUCCCAUCUUUUUCCCCGGAUGGCUUUCUUUUCUUCUCCGUCGUCGCGCUCAAGCCCUUCACUGCCCAUCACUUCCUCAGACGCAGAGUCCGAGCAACUACAUCCCCUCCGCUCAACUCGGCUUGACCUUUUCUUCUCACAUUGCCAACUUCACUCGAUUCAGAUACCUCGGCCCGCCGUCAUCAUGGGUAUCAAGCCUGAUGGUGUCCCAGGCAAGGCCUGGCCGGCCAUUGCCAUUGGCUUCUUCGUCGCCUUUGGCGGUCUCCUCUUCGGAUAUGAUACCGGUACUAUCAACGGCAUCCUUGAGAUGUCCUACUGGCAACGCCUCUUCAGCACUGGCUUUGUGAACACCGCCGGCAACAAGGACGUCUCGCCCGACCAAGAAUCCGCCAUCGUCUCCAUCCUCUCCGCCGGCACUUUCUUCGGUGCCCUGGCCUCCCCUUUCCUCGCUGAUACCAUCGGACGUCGCAUGGCUCUCGUCGCCUCAUGCUGGGUUUUCAACCUCGGUGUUGUUCUCCAAACCGUCGCCACUGCCAUUCCCCUUUUCCUGGCCGGACGUUUUUUCGCCGGGUUCGGGGUUGGUUUGAUUUCUGCUUUGGUCCCCCUCUACCAGUCCGAGACCGCCCCCAAGUGGAUCCGUGGUGCCAUUGUCGGUGCCUACCAAUGGGCCAUCACCAUCGGUCUGCUCCUGGCUGCCAUCAUCAACAACGCUACCCACGCCCGCCAGGACACCGGAUCCUACCGCAUCCCCAUCGCUGUCCAGUUCGCCUGGUCCUUCAUCCUUUUCUUCGGCAUGCUCCUCUUGCCCGAGACUCCUCGCUUCCUCAUCAAGCAGGGCCACAUCGACCGCGCCACCAAGGCCUUGGCCAAGAUCCGCCGCCUUCCUGAGAACGACGCCUAUGUCGCCGAGGAGAUUGCCGAGAUCAAGGCCAACAAUGACUACGAGGCCACCGUCGGCACUGGUAGCUACCUCGACUGCUUCAAGCCCCCCGUGCUCAAGCGCCAGUUCACUGGCUGUGCUCUCCAGGCGCUCCAGCAGCUGACCGGUAUCAACUUCAUCUUCUACUACGGAACGCAGUACUUUCAAAACUCUGGCUUCUCCAACGGCUUCGUCAUCGGCAUGAUCACCUCGUCCAUCAACGUUGUCUCGACUCUUCCUGGUAUGUGGGCCGUCGACCGCUGGGGACGUCGCCCCUUGCUUCUCUGGGGUGCCGUCGGCAUGUGCGUCUCGCAGUUCCUGGUCGCCAUGUUGGGAACCUUGACCACGGGCCAGGACGACACCGGCAAGAUUAUCGUGUACAACCUGCCUGCUCAAAAGGCCGCCAUCGCCUUUGUCUGCAUCUACAUCUUCUUCUUCGCUUCCACCUGGGGCCCGCUCGCCUGGGUUGUCAAUGGUGAGAUUUUCGGCCUCAAGACCCGUGCCAAGUCUCUGUCUCUGUCGACUGCCACCAACUGGCUUCUCAACUGGGCCAUCGCUUACAGCACCCCCUACCUCGUCAACUACGGCGACGGCUACGCCAACCUGCAGUCAAAGAUCUUCUUCGUCUGGUUCGCGUGCUGCUUCGUCUGCAUCGCCUUUGUCUACUUCUUCAUCUACGAGACCAAGGGCCUUACUCUCGAGGAGGUCGAGGAGCUCUACGCCGAGGUCAGCGUCGCCAGCAAGUCUGUCGGCUGGAGACCCGCCACCAACUUCCGCGAGCGCCAGGCCGCCGAGGGUGACAAGGCUGUGCCCAACAGCGAUGGUGACAUUACUCACCACGAGAAGACCGUUGGUGUUUAAGGGAGAUUGAGGGUUGCUGUUGCAUAGCGAUGCCGCGAGGCGGGGAAGGUAAUGGAUGAUCCCGCCGAGAGCGUAAUGUCUGUCAUGACGGGUGGGCGAUGAAAGAUACCUGUUUCUAUUUUUUUAGUUCAAGAUACCACCAAAAAGCUAAUGUUAAAUCUGCUCUAUACAAUGUGCUCAGUGUUGUGUUCCUUAGUGCUAGACGUUCCUACAGUGCUGCUUUACCACUGUCAGACGGGCUAUUCAACGUCCGUGGCACACUGCUUCAGAG